AUGCCACAACCUGCCACAACAGAGAGCGCCACAACCGGGAGAGCCACAACAGAGAGUGCCACAACCGGGAGCGCCACAACCGGGAGUGCCACAACCGUGAGCGUCACAACCGGGAGUGCCACAACAGGGAGCAACGCAACUGGGAGUGCCACAACAGAGAGCGCCACAACCGGGUGCGCCACAACCGAGAGCGCCACAACCAGUUGCACCACAACAAGGAGCACCACAACAAAGAGCGCCACAACCGGGAGCAACACAACCGAGAAUGCCACAACCAAGAGCACCACAGCUGGGAGCUCCACAACUGGGAGCACCACAACUGGGAGCACCACAACCAAGAGCACCACAGCUGGGAGCUCCACAACUGGGAGCACCACAACCAAGAGCACCACAACCGGGAGCACCAGCAACUGCAUCUCUGAACCCGAGCCAGAUCCUGAACAGUACAUCGAGGACGCUUGUGUGGUCCUGCUCAGCUUUGGCAUGUGGAAGGAAGAAGUCUGCAAUAAAAGGCUACCCUUCAUCUGUUAUGAUGAGCGCUUUUUUGGCCAGAUAUAUGUUUCCGACGUGAACACAAGUGCAGCCAAUCUGAGCUGGACUGAGGGACCUGGUGCUGAGAACAUCAGUCACUACAGAGUGGAGAUCACUAAGCACCAGCCAUUUAACCAAACAUUUAACCAGACAUUUAACCAGAUAUUUAACCAGACUGAUCUGUUCGAACACAUACAGAAUCUGACAGCAGGGACUCUGUACACAGUUCAGGUGUUUCCUGUGAAAUGUGGCAGGGAUCUCAAUCCGCAGAACAUCUCCUUCUACACCCAGCCCUCUGAUGUGCAAAAUCUGACAGUAGUGAAUGUGACAUCUGUUAGCGUCAACCUCAAGUGGAGUAAACCAGAAGGAAACCGUCAUUUCUACUCAGUAACUUUCAGAAACGAAUCAAAACCUGUGGAACAAAAGUGUGAUAGUGAAGAGUGCAAUAUUACGGGUCUUAUUCCAGGAACCGAGUAUAAAUUCACAGUUAAAGCUGUGGUAAAUAAGACAUUUGAAGGUGUGGGAAGCAACAUUUCUGAUUACACCACACCUUCAACUGUCAGAAACCUAAGAUCAGCAGACAAUCAAAGCUUUGUCAUAACAGUUCUUUGGGAUCCGCCUGAGGGAGGACAUUCAGGAUACAGAUACUGUCUUACAGAAGUCAAUCACGACUAUAAUUGUACGGACUGCAGCUUCGCAACAAGUAGCAGCAGUACAACAAACUUCAUCACGACCACAAGCAGCAGCAGUACGACAAACAACAACAUUGUAGACUGUAACACUACAGCAGACGAGCUCAUCAGAAAGAGUAAUGUAUCAGACGGCAGCAAGUUUUGUCUGUGUGUUGCAGCACUAACAAAGAAUGGCGAACUAUCAGGAAAAAUGGUGGCAAUCCCAGCAUACACACUCCCAAAAUCUGUGAUCCUCUCUUUGAGCCCCGGCUACCAAAACAUGACCGCCAACUGGACAAUAGUAGGAAAGUAUGAAAAAUUCAGUGUGACAAUUACAACGGAUGCAUACACUUAUACGUUUUCAGAGAAUGUUACAUUCUUGAAUUACACUUUCCAAAGCCUAAAAGCAGGAGUGUAUUACACUGUUUCUGUUGUCACUAUCAAUGGUAACCUGAGAAGUCACCCUACCAAUAAAUCAGACUACACCAGACCUAAAAGCCCUGGAAAUCCAGAUGCCAAGGCUAAAAAAACUACCAUAAAUGUAAAAUGGGCUCCUCCAUCUGAGUCAGCAGAUGCCCUGAUUAGGUACAUGGUGGAAUAUCGCACUGAAUUUUGGGACCAAUCUACAACAAACUAUACAACUGAAACACAAAUCACCUAUCCUAAUUUAAAACCAGGAACAAAAUAUACGUUCAAAAUCCGUGUUGUGGCAGGAAAUUUGACAAGUGAUGACGUCAAUACUACUGCAAAAACAGAGCCUAACAGGAGGACACUGGUCCUCACAAUGUUGUGUUCCUCUACAACGCCACUUCACUGUGACAAAAAUGAAACUCGGAAAGAACUGAUUGAAAAGCUGCAAAACAAAAUGAAUGACAAAUUUCAAGAUCAGGUCCACUGGAAGCUGAGAUGGGCACCAAAUAGAAAUGAUGUCCCUUGAAUCCCUCUGACAGAAUUUUGUGUGAUUUCGUGCAAAACGAAAAAGGUUUUUUUGGUAGGCAUGUGAAUUCUGACUUAGUUUUCUUAUUUACACUUAUGCAUUUAGCAGAUGCUCUUAUCCAAAGCGCCAGGCUUAUUAGACUAAAUUAGGAAACAAGCUAGAGAAGAGGAGAAAUGCGUAGAAGAAAUGUAAGGUUUUGGAAAACCCAGGAUUUUGAAGACCAAAUGUCCUCACAGGGAUAGUAAAACCUGACAUUUUUUACCUUGUGGGGACAUUUUUUUGGUCCCCAUGAGAAAAAGAGCUUAUAAAGCAUACUAGAUGUUUUCUAAAAAUGUACAAAUGCAAAAAGUUUUCUGUGUGUGUUAUGUUUAGGGUGAGGGUUUAGAAUACAGUUAAUAUACAAUAUAAAAAUCAUUAUGUCUUAGGAAAGUGCAUUAGUUUAAGGACUUGUUAAGUGUUUGUUUUUAGCUUCUUGAAAGAUGUUCACGGAUUUGGGUUUUGAUUCUCACUUGUUUUUGACCACUUUGGACCUGUUUUGAAUUUUCUUUUUUUUGUUACAAAUUGCAUAUUGACAUAUUGUGGUAUAUUGAGUGGUGUGAUGAUAUUUGCUAUAAUUGAGGGAGCUAUAAUUCAUCUUCAUUUUUCUUAAAGACAUUUGCCAUAGCGUCAUGUGAAUUUCAAUUUUAAUUUGUGUAAUAAUUGAUUAAUGCAUAUAAUUUUGGUGUUGGUUUGCUUCAUU